CCCCCCCCCCCCCCCUCCCUUCCCUGUCUUAUCCCCAUCAUGUCGGCCGCCACUGCUGGUCAGCCCCCCCCGCCGCCUUCGAGCGCCAUGGCUCAGCCGCCGCCCCCGCCGUCCUCGGUGGCGGCCGCGACACAGCCGCCUCCUCCGCCGUCGGGCGGUGGCCCGGCGCAGCCGCCCCCGCCCGGGGCCGCUCCCUCCGGACCUGAGGGGACCUCCCUGCCGAAUGUCCCGGAGGGCGUCAUUAUUCCACCCCAGGAGAUUCGAUUUGUCAUCCAGACUUCGGUCAAGUUCAUCAUUGACCGCGGUGAGAGCUUUGCCGACACGAUUCGCGCCAAGUCUCGCGACCAGAUGUCCAACAAGUUCUCCUUCUUCGAGCCCACCGAUCCCUACCACAAGUAUUACCAGUGGUGGCUGGCCACCGAGCGGGAGCGGAUUGCCCGCGGCGACACGGGGCCUCGGUCCGAUGCUACGGUUGCCCCGACCGCCGGGGAUGCCGCCGCCGACAAGCCCGAGGUCAAGUCCGACGCGCCGCCUCCCCAGCCGCCGGACCUGGAAUUCCUCCUUGAUACGCCGCACAUCACGGCUCUCGACCUCGAUAUCAUCAAGCUUACGGCACAGUUUGUGGCCCGGAAUGGGCGGUCCUUCCUGCUGCAGCUCCAGCAGCGUGAGAGUGACAACGGGCAGUUUGACUUCCUGCGCAACCGCCACUCGCUUUUCCCCUUCUUCUCGUGCCUGGUGCAGGACUACAGCCUGAUCAUCAACCCCCGGACGCAGCUGCUCGACCGGCUGCGAGCCAUCUCCGAGGACCCCCUGCGGUCGGUGGUCGAGCAGGCCCAUGCCCGCCUGGCCUGGCGGACGUACAUGGCCGAGCGGACGGCCGCCGAGCAGGCCCAGGCCGACGAAGAGCGCCGGGCCUUCAUGGCCAUCGACUGGAAUGACUUCGAGGUGGCCGGCACGAUUGACCUGUCCCCGAGCGACGCGGUGGCCCAUCUGUCGGAGCCGCUGACGCGCGACAGCCUGCUGGCUCGUCUGGCCUCGCUGAAGGCCACGCAGCUGGAGGCCCUGGCCUCGGCCGAGCGCUCGUCCACCGAGCAGGACCCCGCGGCCGGCUCGGUCCCGGCCGAGGCGGUGGCCGCGGCUGCCACUUCCAGCCAGCCCGCCGAGGAGGUGACCAUUCGCCGGGAUUAUGUGCCGCUGGCCGCGCAGGGCGGCCUUCGCCGAGAGCAUGGGCCACAGUUCACCUUCCGCGGCGAGACCAUCGCCCCGGAGACGGCCAACGACCAGCUGCGUGUGGAGCUGGUGGAUCCCCGCUGGCGGGAGCAGCGUGCCGCGGCCGAGGCCAAGCAGACGCGCCAUGCGUCCAACCUUGUCCAGGACCCGUCGCAGAUUUCCGCCAGCCUGCAGCAGCUGGCUCGCCAGCGGUCGGACAUUUUCGGCUCCGAAGCGGCCCAGCGCGCGGAGGAGGACCCGGAGGAGCAGCAGCGCCGGCUGCUGGCCAAGGAGCGUGCCUGGGACGGCCACAGCCGGUCGAUUGCCGCCCUGCGUGAGCAGUCCCGCGCGGAGGCCCUCAACCCGGAGCGCCUGCGCCGCGAGGCCGAGCUUCGCCAGCGGGCCGAGGAGGAGCUCCGGGCACGCCAAGCCGGGCCCAAGAUCCCCACCACUGUGCCUGCCCCCGCUGCCACCCCUGCGGUGGCCAGUGCCGCGGUGGCCGAGGUCACCGAUGUUCCCGACGAGUCGGUCGACGGUGCCCCGGACGCCAAGCGCCCCCGGACCGAGUGAUGCGAGCAGGAACCCGGUCGAAAGUCCCGAGGACGGGAGGGGAGGAAGGGGGAAAAAAAACCCGCCCCGGGCCCCCACACUCCCUGGUCCUCCCCCCCCCC